AUGGAGCGCGUGCGCUGCUCUGUGCGGGCCGCUAGCAAGGCCCCCGCCCUGCCCGCUGUCCGGGUGGUGGGCUUCGCCAUUCCCACCCAUUACACACGGGCUUCCAGGGCGCAGAGAUCCAGGGUGCACGCAGCCGCCCAGGUGCAGGACGCUGCAGGCGCCGCCAGCGCGGCAGCCUCCGGACCCGCCGCCGCUCCCAGCGCCGCCGCCUCCUCCGGCUCUUCCGACCCCACUUUCAACCUGGCCUGCCCCAUCUGCCUGUCCACCAAGCUGCCCCUGCGCAACACCCAGGGCCGGCCGACGGGCAGCCUGAGCUGCCCGCGCUGCAACCGCACCUUUGCCUCCACCCCCACCUACGCUGACCUCACGCUGACCAGCGGCAUCCAGCAGAAGGCGUACCAGCAGAGCUGGUGGGGCGGUACCACCAUCUUCCGCUCCCCGCUGGUGUCGUUUGUGUACGAGCGCGGCUGGCGGCAGGGCUUUGCCUGGGCGGGGUUCCCAGGGGCAGACAAGGAGUUCGAGCUGGCAAUGGACUACCUGCAGCACGCCGGGGUGGAAGGCAGAAAGUGCUGA